AAUGCUGACAGCAUUUUUACCUAUUUAAUACUGCAGAAUGGCCACUUCAGUUUUCUACAGCUUCAACUAUUCAUAGAUUCACAUAAAUGAAGCGUAGUGUUAUGCAUACUGGUAAGGUUGGGUUGCCUCUAUUUUAAAAACUCAAUUUUCUUUGUUGCCAGGUUGACAUGUCUUUGUUAAAGUAUGUUAACAGCGGUCACAAAGUAUCCUUCUAUCCAUUGAGCCAUCAUCUUUUCCUUGUCCAGUGUUGGGUAUUCACAAUGUCCUGACAACCUCAAAUGGCACAAUUUGACACUCAGGAGGAGCAGCUCUACUCCGAGGCUACAUCAGUACUGCCUUUGGGAUAGAUGUGAAGAAGACUUUCUCCUUUGCUUACAUGGAGGAGACGUUGUUUAUUGCAGCCAUACACUGUGUUUAUUCACUUUAGCAGAUCCAACUUUAUUUCAGCGAAGUUUCAAAUGUAACACACCUUAUUUUUUCACGCCGCAUCAGUUGGAUUUAACUGAAACAGAGACCGCUUGACUCAGCAGAUUUCCUGCAGUAACCCACACAUCAGUGCUGGCAGCUCUGCUGUCAGAAUGCUUCAGAACAUCCUUAUCGACUCUGGUUCACAACAGCAGGAAGUUUGAACAUGCAAGUAAACAUUAUGUGAAACACUCAAAGAGGAAGCUGUCGAGAAGACAUGAAAAAAUCGAAACACACAUGCCGUGAGGCUGGAGAGUCAAACAUACACAAUCUGUCAACUGAACAGUUAUCACACUUCCUGCUUCAGCAGCUGUCAGUCAAAACACACACACACGUACACAGGAAGUGCACACUUCCUGUUCUACCAGGCAUCUCCUCCUUCACUUUCUCCAUCUCUUCUCUAAGACUGAGACAUACCGACAGUCUCUGAGAGUCUCAGUGAAGAUGCGGCACCUCCUCCUCCUUCUCAUCCUCCUGUCCUGUGUUUCCAUGGGAGUAGCAGUGGCCGGUUGCCGCAGUGACCGGGACAAGGACCACCGGCCCAGGGAGAACUGCACAGCAGCCGGCUUCAGCGACAUCCCAGUGGGGCUUGAACCCACGACAAUGAUCCUGUUGUUUCCCAGUAACCUGUUCUCCAGUCUGUCCUGGUCCUCCUUCCAGGUCUUCCCAGAGAUCUAUGAGAUCGACCUCACAGGAAACAAGGUUCCAGAGGUAAUCCCGACUGCUAGUCCCAUUCUCCCCACACUUAGUGUCCUCAGGCUGGGAUCAAACCGUCUGACCUCCCUCCCUGACGGCUCCUUCUCUGCCUGCCCAGGUCUGACUGAACUCUACCUGGAAAACAACGCUAUCAACUCUCUGAGUGAUCACACCUUUUCUGGACUCACUAAGCUGGAGAUCCUGGACCUGUCAUCUAAUCACAUCAAGGUGCUUCCUCAAAGUAUGUUUCACCCCCUCCCAGCCAUAGAAACUCUCUACCUGGAGAAAAACAAGAUCAGCAUGAUGCCCGAUGAAUGGUUCAGCCAAAAGGAGGAGGUACCUUAUCUCUACCUCUCAGCCAAUCCCUGGUCAUGCACCUGCUCCCUUGGUUAUUUGCGCAGGUACCUUGAUGACUAUGAACACAACGUCUAUGUGCGGGAUGGUCCUGAUAUCAAGAUUGAUGUAGAAAGCGUGGUGUGUGACUCUCCCCAGCAGCACAAAGGUACACCUGUAACAAGUCUGGAAGAAUCCGAUCUGUGUUCAGCAUCUCGUCCACGAGGAGAUUUCUACCAGCCAACUACUCAGUACUCUUUUUAUCCAUCGACUUCUCCUCCAGACACAGCUCCUUCUACUUCUUCUCCUCUUGAUUCCACAACAUUUGUAGAUUUAUACACAAUGCACACAACAAUCACAAGGUCCUGGUAUGAAGUUAUCACCAGCCUUAUUGAAUGGUCAGAGUAUUCACACAAAGAGAUAACAACAGUUGGGUUUCAUGACUUGACCACUCAUUCUACUACUUCUACUGCCAGACAUUUGACUAAAACUCAAACAACACCUGUUGAAACAACCACAACUAUUGCUGUAACUACAACACUGCCAACAACAACAAUGAACAUAGUCACAACCACCACCAUUGAGGCUACCACAGCCUCUGAGGCACUCACCAUCACUAAAUCCAGCCCCGAUGAAAAACAGGAACGUGAAAAAUCUAUUUCUUCCAGGCCUGCAGGGCUGUUCUGCAUUUGGCUGUUUGCGGGCUGCCUGGUGCUCUGUGUGGCAUCAGCUGCAUGUAUAUUGGGAACUUUAGCUAGUAUGGUCAUCUGGUACAGGAGAGUGUAUAAGCCUCUAUGUUUGCGGUUAGCGAGGAGAAGAGGAGGAAGUGAAGGACUGAUGCUGUUAACGUACAACAGGGUGGAAGGGAAGGGAGUGGGAGGUGAAGGAGUAAUGGCGCUUUAUCGCUCUGUUCUUUUGGUCCACAGAGAGGCAGGAGAAGGUAUGCAAAGCGAAGAUGUAGGUGAAGGAGGGAAAGGAGACAGGAAACAAGGACAGCUUGUCAUUCUAAAACCUGCAGGUGGAGAAGCAACAAGGGAGGAAGAAGGAGAAAGAAAUGGGAAGGAGGAGCGAGCAGUAUAUAAGAAGACUGUGUACCGUCUGUUAAGCAAAGAGGAGGAGAUAGAGGGAUGGAGGGAUGUGGUGGAGGAGUGCAGAGUGUCUGAAGAAGAUGGAGGUCAAAAAGGAUAUCGGGGGAUAGAAAGAGAGAGGAGCAGAGGUGGAGAAGGAGUGUCCAAAAAGCGCUACAGUGUGAUUCUGAGGGAGGAGAGACAGGAUGUGGGGGGCGGUAAAGAAGAGCUGGACUGGGUGGUGGGAGGGUGGGAAGUGAAACGAGGAGGGGCGGAGACAGAAGAAGAGCCAAGGAGCAGCUGGGGGGAGUGGCUGGCACACUAUUUACCCAGCAUGCCGUGGGGAGUUACCACACCUCCUGAGGCCGAGGCAGCCCUCUGA